CUUUACAAACAUGGAGAAUCACAAGCCUAUUAAAAUAGCUUAAAAAACAGAACACUUUGUUGUUUUACCAUUUCUUUCAUUUUAUUUUAGUGUGUUUUUGAUAGCCCUAGCUACUGCUAUCUUCAUCUUGAAAUGAAAAGGCACUGAUAUUGGUUUCAAUCAUUGAAUCACUAGACAGAUAUAGCUAUUAUCGGAUGGCCAUAAUGCAACCAAAUAAUGAAGCAUCACGUGUAUAUAUAUAUAUAGUUGAUAAUUCCAUCACUCUAUCCUCAUAGAUAUCAUAAACUAGUUAGGAUAUCUUUAAUUUAAAAAAAAUCAUACUGUUGUUGCUUGCUUAUAAUAAUACAUCAAAUGUGUGAGGCAGAUCAUAGGCUGGGAAUUUGUUUCAUUGAAAAAUAAGGAAAAAAAGGUAGGGUAAGGAGAAUAUGACGUGUUUGGUUUUAACACCUUCAUAAAUAAUAAAUAAUUGGCGACAUGCUAAAUUGGUACACAGACCUGAAACACAUAUAUAUCAAAGCAAAAGGAAUUUGAUAGGCAACCAACAACAGCCUAGUAGUUUUCUAAGUUUCAUUUCAUCUUCACUCGUCUAUUCCAGUUACAAGUAUAUUAAACUAAUAAAACAUCACUGGAAAAAAACAGUGUGAAUGAAAAAAGAUAUGGAAAGAGCAACAGAGAUGAAAACCUUUGAUUGCAGCCUGCUUCCAAAAUCACCCAUCUUAAGAGAUAGAGAUGCAUCUUUCUCAUCACAUCUCACACCCCAGAAACCAAACCUUUGCCAACCACAUAAUCAUAAUCACCGCGACCUGCUCGAUGAUCCCACCUCGGAGCUCAGCAUUUUCGAUGCACACAAAUACUUCAACGAAGUGACGAAUAACGACAACGUCCAAAAAGUUACAAUCGGCAGCAACAAUCACAGUAGCAGAGUUUCACCAGUGGUGGUUAAUGUUAACACAGAAACUGAACACAUUGUUAUACCAGAUACCCCCACAACAAGAUACUCCUCUGCUUCUUCCACAGUGGAUGGUUAUUCAAACAUCAGAAACUAUAAAGCGCGUUCUUUUCAUGCUGCAACACCAACAGCUUCAUCAGAAGCUAGUUGGAAUAGUCAACAAGGUUUGUUAUCUCAUCCACCAGGUGCUAUAUCAGUUAACAUAAAAAACCCAUCCAAUCCCAACUCUAAUAACAACAGCAACAAACCUAAAACAUCACUUUCCAAACCAAUUUGGCUUUUCAGGAGAAAAUGUCCAUGCACAGGUAAAAAAUCAGUUCAAGUCAAUGAAAAAAAGUCAACAGAAUUACCCAAAAAUAGAAUCAAAAUUCCUUCACCGGUUUCACCAUCACCACCACCAAUGGACAAUUGGGAUCAAACACCGAAUCAUGUUGUAACAAAAUCUCAAAGGUUCCAACCAGUGGUAACAACUGUAAGAGUACCUUUCACCGAUGGAUUCACAUUUCCAGUGUUAAACUCUAAUUCAACAUCAACAACAGUGAAACCCAAAAACGGCGUCGUUUUGGAAGAUCCACCGCGAGACUCGUUAGAGGUUUUCCGACCACCUGAAGAAGUUGCAUUUGAUGCGAAAACCCUAAAUUUCCCCUUCCCGCCGGCUAUGUCUCGAAUCAUAGUUGACGAUGGCGACGCAGCGAGUGAUGCGAGUUCCGAUCUGUUCGAGAUCGAGAGUUUCUCAACCGCGACACAAUCUUCGCACGCUGCUGUGUACCGUAGAAACAGUAGAGACUCGUUUGACGAAGGAUCGACGACGACGGCGAUGACGGAGUGCUACGAGCCGAGCGAGGCGAGUAUUGAGUGGAGCGUGACGACGGCGGAUGGAUACGACGAAAGCUACGGCGGGGGUAGCGGCGUCGGCGGUGGUGUGACGGCGGAGCAUUGGAAGAGGAAAGGAGGGAAUGGGUUGUUGGUGAGUUGUCGAUGUGAGAAAGCGGUUAGUGUGGGGCCACAACCGGUAAAAUGUGAAGGACAAAGAGGUGCCACGUCAUCAUGGAAAAACGUGAGUGGUGGUGUAAUUAGUAGGGUAGGGGGUGUAAAUAAACCACCGCUUGCUAGGUCUUCUCAUUCUCACAGAAACAACAACAACACACCUCGGGUCACUUCAUUUGCUUUUGCUACAUAGCAAUUUGAUUCUGAUUUUGAUGCAUGCACCCUUACAAUGUUACAUUGCGUAAUGCAAGGCAAGGGUUUUCCGUUAUUUGUUUUAUUAUUUCUUCAAUUUUCGGGUUUCAAAUAGUGUAGUGUUUUUUCCCUUCAAUUUGUUACUUGUAACACACCACCAUCAUGCAUGAGCUUCUUGUAUAUUGCAUCUCUGCUCUUUUUCUAUCCGAAUCUAAGCUACCAAUUAAGCAAUGCGCCCAAA